AUUCGAUCUCAUCCUACGUUGGAAUUGAAGCUACAUAUAUUAUAUAUAAUUCAUUUGUUCAUUAUCGAUCUUAUAAUAACCUCACUUCUCUCAUCAUCACAUUCACACAUCAUUUAUUUAUUUGGGAUUUGGUGUUGAAGAAUUGUGAGUAAUGGGAAAUAUCCCUACUUUGCCUAUUGAUACCACUUUCAAGCUUCCCUCCCCAUUACCCACUUGGCCAUCAGGUGGUGGCUUUGGGAGUGGUUAUAUUGAUCUAGGUGGACUACAAGUGUGCCAAAUUUCAAAUUUGAAGAAAAUAUGGAGGAGCUAUGAAGGAGGGCCUAACAAUGUUGGGGCAACCAUUUUUGAGCCUUCUUCAAUCCCAGAUGGAUUUUGCAUGCUGGGUUCUUAUGCCCAACCCAACAACCAACCCCUCUCCGGUUGGGUUCUCGUCGGAAAAGACAACAACGGCGAAAUCCUAAAGCCCCCAACCGAUUACACUCUUGUAUGGAGCAGUGACUCUUUGCCCAUCACCCAAUCCGGCCCUGCCUACGUUUGGCUACCAGUUCCACCGCAGGGUUACAGUGCCGUUGGCCAUGUCGUCACCACCUCGCUGGAAAAACCCUCCGGCGACAGAAUCCGGUGCGUGUUCUCCGCCUUCACCGACCCGUGUGAGGUUGAAGAUUGGGUCUGGGGACGAGGCACAUCAAAUAAUGACCCAAAUGGUUUCAAUCUUUACACUCUAAGGCCUAUCAAUAGAGGCACACAGGCAAAAGGUGUAAAGGUAGGAACAUUUCUUGGGAGUUUCAGUGGAAACGUGGGAACAUUUGCAUGUCUGAAAAACAACAAUGUAGCAUUCUCCUCGUCGGCCAUGCCAAACCUUAGCCAAAUCGAAGCGUUGUUUAGGGAAUAUUCUCCGAUUUUAUACCUGCACCCUCUAGAUACCUACCAUCCCUCCUCGGUAAACUGGUUUUUCUCCAAUGGUGCGUUAUUGUACACGAAAGGAGACGAGACUAAUCCUGUUCGUAUCGGGCCUGAUGGCUCCAACCUCCCACAGGGCGGCACGAAUGACGGUGUGUACUGGGUAAACCUCCCCGUCGACAACAACGAAAAGGAGAGGGUUAAGAGAGGAGACUUACAGAGCUCGGAGGUUUACUUGAACAUAAAACCCAUGUUUGGUGGGACUUUUACCGAUAUAGCAAUAUGGAUAUUCUACCCUUUCAACGGCCCAAGCACGGCCAAACUGGGGCAAAUAGAGAGAAUCCCACUGGGAAUGAUAGGCGAACACAUCGGAGAUUGGGAGCAUUUGACUCUCAGAAUAAGCAACUUCAAUGGGGUUCUGAACAAAGUCUACUUCUCGGAGCACAGUGGCGGGUCGUGGGUGGACGCGCCGAAUCUCGAGUUCAUCAAUGGCAGCAACAAGAGCGUGGCGUACUCGUCCUUAAAUGGGCACGCGAAUUAUUCGAAACCCGGGCUGGUUUUGCAGGGGAUUGGGGAUAUCGGAAUCAGGAACGACACGGCCAAGAGCGCGGCGGUUUUGGACACCGGACUGAGAUACUCCGUCGUGGCGGGGCUGCAGGGAAUAGUGGAGCCGCCGUGGGUGAAGUAUUGCAGGGAGUGGGGGCCUAAGAUUACGUAUAUAAGUGAGGAGGAUAUCAAGAGAGUGGAGAGCUUAUUGCCGGUGGAAUGGAGAGGUGUAUUUGAGACAUUGAUUCAUCUUUUACCAAAUGAGUUUUUUGGGGAAGAAGGGCCUACUGGUCCCAAUAUGAAAGCUAGUUGGAGUGGGGAUGAGAAGUAAGGAAAAUGGAAGUGGCAUUAGUGAAGUGAAAGAAAAGAAAAUGACCAAAAAAAAAUAUGUGGCUCACUUUUUCUGGUUUGGAUUAUGGAGUGUGCUAUAUAAGUUAAGAUAAUAAUUAAAUAAAUGGGAUUGAAGUAA